CCGGUCUCUCUCUCUCCUUCUCUUCCCAAACACUGCAGACCUUGCGAUUUUAUUCCUGAAUCGCCGUCCUCUCUGUGGAUUCUGUUAUAACACAGUAGGACUCUAACAAUGGACAGCUCUCUGUGUGGACUUGGAUGCUGACACUUCUCUCUAAGGCUGCCUGGAAAUUCAUGUGAAGAGGUGUUUGUGCUCCCUCUUUCUGUGAAUGUCUGUCGCCAUGGCGAAGCGUGAGACCGGCAGCACCAGCCCAGUGGUCCGGCAGAUAGACAAACAGUUCCUGGUCUGCAGCAUCUGUCUGGACCACUACCACAACCCUAAAGUCCUGCCCUGCCUACACACCUUCUGUGAGAAACAUUCACAGGGGGAGGACGGGGCACACACACCUCUUCACCUGGAGAGACAGAGAGAGAUGGAGGAAGAGAGAAGGAGAGAGAAGGGAGAACACAGAGGAGGUGGCACAGUCUACAGUGAUGCUGCCAGCUAGCAGCUCUUUCCACCCCUGCUACCCUCACUUGACAGGAAUGCUCUCAUCUGCCUGAGCGAGCUCUCCGCUCUCCGUAUUGCCUGAUACAGCUCACUGAUGUCUGCCCUGUCCUCUGCCCUGUCUGUUCUGUUCACAUAAUCUUCAGGAAAUAUACGUAUAUAUGUACUGGCUGUAGUAGGCUGCAAUGUUGUAAGAGCCUUGACUUGACCCUUAGUAUUGGUGCCAAUUAUUGAAAGGGUUGACAUUUGUCUAAAUGUAAUGAACCAUAACCAUCAACUUGACAUAGUUUAUAACAAGCCAUCCCUGUUCUUCUCUCCUGUCUUUUCCAGAUGCCUACAGAACUACAUCCCCCCUCAGUCUCUGACGUUAUCGUGUCCAGUGUGUCGUCAGACGUCCAUCCUGCCAGAGAAGGGCGUGGCCGCACUGCAGAACAACUUCUUCAUAACCAACCUGAUGGAAGUGCUGCAGAGGGACCCAGAGUGUUCCCCCCCAGAGGCCUGCAGUGUGCUGGAGUCAGUCAGUGCUGCUGCCGCCUGCCAGCCGCUCUCCUGCCCCAACCACGAGGGCAAGGUGAUGGAGUUCUACUGCGAAUCGUGUGAAACAGCCAUGUGUCUGGAGUGUACUGAGGGAGAGCACAGGGAACAUGUGACUGUCCCUCUGAGAGAUGUCUUGGAGCAACAGAAAGCAGCCCUUAAGACCCAGCUGGAUGCCAUACGCAACAGGCUGCCCCAGCUGAGGGCUGCUAUAGAGCUGGUAGGGGAGAUCUCCAAGCAGCUGACUGACAGGAAGAACGAGGCAGUGACAGAGAUCAGCAGUACCUUUGAGGAGCUAGAGAGGGCGCUACACCUCAGAAAGACCGACCUCAUCAGUGACCUGGAGAACAUCUGCUGCACCAAGCAGAAGGUGCUCCAGGCCCAGCUGUCCUCUCUCCUGCAGGGUAAGGACAACAUCCAGAGCUGCAGUAGUUUUACGGAGCAGGCUCUUAGCCAUGGCAGUGCUACAGAGGUUCUGCUGGUCCAGAAACAGAUGGGAGAGAGGGUCAGCGCCCUGGCCCGACACACCUACCCAGAACAGCCCCAUGAGAACGGUCAUCUUGACUGCCAGGUGGAGACGGAGGGUCUUCGUCGUUCCAUCCAGAACCUGGGCGUGCUCAUCACCACGGGAGCCGUAGGCCACACCUCUGUCGCCACGGGAGAGGGACUACGCCACACCCUGGUUGGCCAGCACACCACCGUCACCGUGACGACCAAGGACAAGGACAGCGAGCUGGUGAAGACGGGCAACGCGGCACUGCAGGCCGAGAUUGUGUCGGUGGACGGGGCGGUAACCAUGGAGACAGAGGUGGUAGAUAAUAAGAAUGGGACGUAUGAGGUGGGCUACACUAUGCGCUCUGAGGGGGAGUUCUCCUUCUCUCUCCUCCUGUACGACCAGCCGGUCAGGGGCAGUCCAUUCCGGCUGCGUGCGGUCAAACCCUCGGACGUCCUGCAGUCUCCAGACGAUGUGAAGAGGAGGGUGAAGAGUCCUAGUGGGACAGGGGGCCACAUCAGACAGAAGGCUGUGAGGAGACCCUCCAGUAUGUACAGCACCACCAAGAAGAAGGAGAACCCCAUCGAGGAUGAACUCAUCUACAGAGUCGGAACCAGAGGGAGAGAUAAAGCAGAGUUUACAAACCUCCAGGGAAUCUCCACCUCCAGCAACGGACGCAUCGUAGUGGCUGACAGCAACAACCAGUGUAUACAGGUGUUCUCCAACGAUGGGGCAUUCAAGCUGAGGUUUGGGGUCAGGGGUCGGUCGCCGGGUCAACUGCAGCGCCCAACGGGGGUCACCGUGGAUAUGAACGGUGACAUCAUCGUGGCCGACUACGACAACCGCUGGGUCAGCAUCUUCUCCUCCGACGGGAAGUUCAAGAGUAAGAUCGGGGCGGGUCGUCUAAUGGGCCCUAAGGGUGUGGCGGUGGACAGGAACGGACACAUCAUCACUGUGGAUAACAAGGCCUGCUGCGUGUUCAUCUUCCAGGCCAACGGGAAGCUGGUCACCAAGUUUGGAGCCAGGGGGACUUCAGACAGACAGUUCACAGAAAAAAGUGGUACAAACAUUUCACUGGAACCCAAGCUGAGUAAAUCUGGCCCUGCAUUCAGUCCCCACUUUGUGGCGAUCAACAACAAAAAUGAGAUUGUGGUAACAGACUUCCACAACCAUUCAGUGAAGGUGUACAGUGCAGACGGAGAGUUCCUGUUUAAGUUUGGUUCCCAUGGCGAGGGGAACGGACAAUUCAACGCCCCAACGGGCGUUGCCGUGGACGCCAACGGGAACAUCAUCGUUGCCGACUGGGGGAACAGCAGAAUACAGGUGUUUGAUAGUUCCGGGUCGUUCCUGUCCUACAUCAACACCACAGCAGACCCUCUCUAUGGUCCACAGGGCCUGUCUCUCACCUCUGAUGGACACGUGGCUGUGGCUGACUCUGGCAACCACUGCUUCAAGGUUUACCGCUACCUGCAGUAGGUAGAACCAUUGCUUUAGGGACGGUCUGUUGCAGGCCUACCACUACCAGGUACAUCCCAAAUGGCCCCCUAUUCCCUUCAUAGUGCACUAUAUAGGGUUUGGUCAAAAGUAGUGCACUAUAUAGGGAAUAUAUUGCUAUUUGGGAUAAACCCCAGAUCUGGGCCGGACAGACAAACCAACCACAGCCUGACCUGGGUAAAAAAAGAAAGAAAAAGUGGUCAAAUACUUGAAAGUAUUUGAAAAGUGUUUGAGAUGUGCUUGAUUUACCUAUUUAUUUGAGUUUGCACUUUUGGGACUGCUCCAUUGGUUCAGGCAAACCAAAUCAAGUGCAGCACUUGAAGUAUUGGAAAGCAUUUGAUCUAAUGUAUGUAUUUUUGCCCCCAGGUCAGAGCACGUGCUAGCACUGAGCAACGACACAAACCAAUGUACUAUACAUAAUAUACAGGUGCAAUGAGAUUUCCCAUAGCUGUCCCUUUGAUUUGCACAUCUGAUCAGAUCCACGUCAUCCGGUUAGUGUUCUCUGAACCCCCCAAACAUCAUGAAGUAACAAUAUAACCCCAGUUGACUCCUCCCUGUGGUGUGUGUUAUGGAGUUGUGUGUCCAAAAUAGCACCCUAUUCCUUGUGUAGUGCACUACUUUUGACCAGGGCCAAUUGGGCUCUGGUCAAAAGUAGUGCACUAUGUAGGGAAUAGGGUGCCAUUUGGGAUACAUCCUAAGUGUGUAGAGUGUAUUUACCUCUUUGUUCAGUCAUCGAUGUAAAACUACGAGGAGGUAUGAAGUGUGUAUAUACUGUGACUGAUAUUAUGAGACCAGAUCAGUGAUAGAUUGAAGUACAUGUAUAAUAAUUGAGCCAUGUUGUGAAGGAGCUGGUCCCAAUGCAUGAAGUAUUAUCUUUACCUUGUCAGCUCAGACAGGACAACAUAACAGUGGAGUUUAUGAACUCAUAAGUUGUUUCUUCUCCAUGAUCUAAGUGCAACGAACAAUGUGCUUACAGUGAAACCAACCAACCACGCAAAGCAAAAGCUUUUGAAACAUAAAAUCUCUUUCCGUUGUAUCGAAGAACAAACUGACUUAACCUAAAGCCAUCUCACAUAUAAAACGUCAUCACCAUCUGUGCAUUGAUUUGCUGUAUGUACUGUAUAUGCAUAACUGUAUACUGUAUAUAAUGGAUCAUUAUGCAUCUUUAUCUGUGCUUUGAUUUUAAAACGCAUAUCUUUUGAUUAUUCCGAGAACAGCAGUCUAGCAUUCCAGCAUUUCUAACUAAGUAUGGCAGCUGUCCUAAAGUGUGCUUUUUAAAACAGGAGUUCAGCUGGAGAAUAGAUAUGUGUCAUGAUUAUUGCAGAUGUGAGCAGCACAAUUAUUAUGAACUUUGUUAAUAUCUGUUCUUUUUAAAAAGUACAAAAAUGAAAAAUGGAAUUGCUAAUUUAUUUUAUACACUAGCUCAGCAUUUACAAAUUAUUUUUCUAAUUUGAUGUGUUUUUGUUUUAUUUUUUAGAAAUUCACGCUUUUGUCAUGUCUCCAUAUACAGUAAAAACCCCUAGUCAUUUUGAGGGGAUUUGUUAGAGUAGAACAGUGCAGAUUUAGAAUUUGUAAGAUUUGAUUUGCCAAAAAAUAAAUACAAGUGGGUUGUGAAAUGUGACAAAAGUUGGAGUACAUAUUGAAAACCAAUACCCAUGAUUAUAUUACUUAGUGUUAUUGAACAUGCAAAACUACAUUAGAUAUUUUUACUAACUUGUGGUUUUCAGUCUUAAAUAAACACUGUCAACAGUAGAAUUACCAUUUAUAUAGUUUGUCUUCAGAAGCUGAAGCCACAGUGGGAAUGUAUCAACAGCUUCAGCGUGUGUUAAAGGACUAGAGUUAUAACGUUUCAUUGCCUGGUUAUCACAGUUCAUUACCAGGUUAUAACAGUUCAUUACAAGGUUAUCAUUUAAUUGCUGGGUUAUAACAGUUCAUUACCAGGUUAUGGCAUUUCAUUACCAAUUUAUAUCAAUAUUGUCCUGAGGGAAACAUUAGCAUUAGAUGAGCUAUAGUGCUCUCACUCCCCCUGGUGUUCACCGCUGUAACAAAGCACCCUUGGUGCCACAACAGAGUCUCUAUAACCUCUCUGACGUCAUUAUGCCAAACAGCAGCCAGACAGACUGUGUAGCCAAUCACAGUUUGUUUGAUUAAGGAGUAUUAGACACAUCAUCACUAUCUGUAACCUUUGUAUUUCAACAAUAUGUCACUCAAUCUUGUUUCUAUUUUCUCUGUGAAUAUGCACUGGUAAUAAAAGCACAUGGUUUAUGGA